UUUAGGAGGCAACAAAGGAGAACUGAACGAGAGCCCUUUGGUAACUGAAGGAGCUGGAAACCAACGUCUUUCCAGUAACAAGAUUUACGUUUUAAUCACGAAAUAUCCGUAUCCAUUUCUAAACAUGCCGUUUUCAAGGAAUUUUAAUCUUUUCUUUCCUGGAAUUUUGGUUUUGCUUUGGGGAUUUUAGAUGCAAUCUUCUGGUUACCUUUCCACUUGGGUCUCUGCCCUUUUUGCUUGCAUGGGAGGUUGUUUUGGGUGCUUCAUUGCGGUGGAUGAUCCAUCUAAGCGUCUAAAGAUUCAAGGCCGGAAAGCAAAGAGAUCUAGCUGUUCUGAGGAUUUCUGGAAUAGCAGUGGGUGCGAGAUGGAACAUAGUGGAGUCCAGUCCCAGGGAAGCAUUUCAUCAACCAACGCAUCUAAUCUCGAUCCUUCUGGCAGCACAAGUCAUCCUUCUGAAUUUGAAAAUCAUGGCCUUCUUCUUUGGGACCAAACAAGGCAACAAUGGCUUGGAAAUAAUAAGUCCGACAAAUGGGUGCAACCUCGGCAACCCACGAUAAGUUGGAAUACAAUCUACGAGAGUUUACAUGGGAACUUUAAGCCAUUUCCGCACCCAAUCCCCCUUCCUGAGAUGGUGGAUUUCCUAGUUGAUGUUUGGGAGCAAGAGGGCUUAUAUGGUUAAAGCAGGAUGAUGCAAAACUAGAGAAAGGAAAUAUAUUUUUCCCCAUAAAUUAUUGAGAUUGUCUAUUUACUUAUCAUCUUCUCUGUAUUAUUCUUGCAUAAAGAUGCAAAUAUCCCACUAUUUCUAUAUGAACUUCUUGGCCCCUUUGCUGAUAGUUAACAA